AUGUGGACUCUUCAAGAGCUUCUUCUUGCCACCCAUGCUACCAUCCUUUGCGGGGAACAGGUAAUUGCCUGGGAUAUCUUCUGCCAAGCUUUGGAGCUCAUGGAGGCUACCUUCUCCCUGUCUAGCAAGGGGGUGCGGAAUUUUGUGAAUUGCUUCUACGCAUAUUCGGAUUUUCAAGAUAUUUCUGGCAGCACCAGCGGCCAAACAGUCCAAAGGAGCCAGUCCGAGCUAGCUAGGGGAGAUGAGGAGGGGAAAUUGUCGAGCCUUGUACAACAUGCCAGAAUUCGGCAUGCCACCAACCCAAAAGACAAGAUCUUCGGGCUCUACGGCAUUUCCCAGAGACUCGGACAGCCAUUCCCAAGUCCCGAUUAUACACAAUCAGUGGCCAAGAUAUACACGGAAGCGACGAAGGCUAUCAUACGGCACGAGAACACCCUAUGGCCGCUGGAUAAUGUGUGGAGUGGGAACCGCCAGAGUGGUCUGCCGUCCUGGGUUCCUGACUGGAGCUACGACUAUAGAUGGUUCGACGAUGUUCUGAUCGAGCUAGGAGGCGUUCCCCUGGACUCUGCAGACCGAGAGACUACAACUCACUGGGAAGGGCCGGUGGAUGGACAGAGCUACGAAAUCAAGUUCACUGGUGACGACGGCAUUGUUCUGCAAGGCCAAACACUUGGUGUGAUCGAGACGGUUUUUGACGACCGCGACAGAGCGCUUAUUGAAAAGGACAUCUUGGCUGCGCAGCGGCUAUCCGUUGAAUACGAACUCACACUAAAGCGGCAUGGCGCAGAACGGAUCAGGUUCUUCAGGCGCAUCUACGCCGAAUGCGACAAUGCUGAGCAUGCCGAAGCCUGUCUUCUAGCAUUCUGUUGGUUAUUGCUGACUUACAGCCCGAACCAACCCAAGGAGGGCUUCAAAAGAGGGUUCAAGGACCUGCAUACUCUCUUCAAAUCCACACUCCCAGGUUGCGAGGAGAACCGUCGGUAUAUCUUCUCCCAAGCCAGGGAAAAGCUUCAGAAGGCACUCAAAGAGCAUCAAAGACACCCCAAAGUGCUCGCUUUCGUCGACUCGGACAUUGACGCAGCAAUAGAUGUGGUGUUGUCCCUACAUCAAGGCCCAGAGUACAUCAUCCGUUCGACGCCUGAAGAUGCGAGGCCGGGGUCGGUCUUCCGUCUGCUGGGUUCUGCGACAGGAUUUUACAGAACAAUUCAAGGGCUUUCUAUAAAUAAGGCAGUCUUCAUUGCGGACUCCGACAUUAUAGGCUACGCCCAGGGGCGUGUUUGCGUGGGAGACAGUGUUGUCAAGUUCUAUCAGGCCUCGUCCCCUUCGGUCUUGCAUCCUUGCGGACCGCACUAUCAGCUUCACUCUCCGGCGGUCGUAAAGACGGAAGGUGCUCUCAGUGACCUUCUGGACAGCGCUGCAUCAACAACUUACAAGAUCCGAUGA